UCCGUGAGCCGUCAAGUGUUGGUGUGGCCCAGCAUCUCACUAACACGGUUUUUAUUGACAGAGCUCUGAUAGUUGUUCCCUGUGCAGAAGAUGACUAGACUGGCCAAGGCAGACCUGUUACACUUGCCUGAGUUAGGCAUUGUUUGCCAUGCCACUAAACCUGCCGUCAAGUGAAAUCUUCAUUGGGGAAAUGAGAUCGGAGUCUGAACCGCAGAAGAUGGACGCCCUGUCUCUGUUUUUUAUUGUUUUACUUUGCUUUCAUUUCUUUUUCUUUUAUUUUGUCCCUUUGUUUUUGUUUUUGUUUUUGUUUUGUUAAAUCUCUUUCACUUUAACUUGUGAGCUGGUUUUCCAGUUCUUUGUAAAUGGUAUUCCAUUAAGGUUCAUAAUGUGUUGCAGAUUAUAUCAGGAGAUGAUUAACAGAGCUCAACCUUAAGAUAAAUUUUCAUGCAGUAAGUUAGAAGAAUAUGGUACUUUGAAGCUCAGUGGGUCUUAGUGGGAACUUACAGAUUGAUCAGGUACAUUUUGUUCUUGAAACAUUAAAACACAGGAAUAUUAGAAACACUUUCCAGUUUCAGUGCAAUAUUUUUGUAGGUUUUUUUUUGUUUUUUCAAGUCUACAUCUCUCAUAAAAACCAACUGAUGGCGUUUAAUUUUUAUUCUUCCCCCUAGAAUUCUAGGCAUACAAAGUCAUCAAGGAAAAUAAGUGAAUUUCUUUCACCUGUCUGGAGGAUCUUUGACUUUUAUGUGAUGCAGCCAACACGAACGGUUGUCAUGUGUAACACAACUUUCGAUCACCGCGAAAACACCGUCCUGGGAAAGCGUCCAUGCUUGAUAUCGUUUGGUUCAUGAACAUUAAGUUUCCAGUACAGGUAAAAUCCCAGAGGAGUCCAAAGCCCUCUCUUUAUUGGCUCCUGCUCCAACCAUGACAAGUCUGAUGCCUGGUGCAGGGUUGCUUCCCAUACCAACCCCAAACCCCUUGACUACACUUGGUGUGUCACUGAGCAGUUUGGGAGCUAUACCAGCAGCAGCACUAGAUCCCAACAUUGCAACACUGGGAGAGAUACCACAACCACCGCUUAUGGGAAAUGUAGAUCCUUCCAAAAUCGAUGAAAUUAGGAGAACAGUCUAUGUUGGAAAUUUGAAUUCCCAGACGACAACAGCUGAUCAACUACUUGAAUUUUUUAAACAAGUUGGAGAAGUGAAGUUUGUGCGGAUGGCAGGUGAUGAGACUCAGCCAACUCGGUUUGCUUUUGUGGAAUUUGCAGACCAAAAUUCUGUACCAAGGGCCCUUGCUUUUAAUGGAGUUAUGUUUGGAGACAGGCCACUGAAAAUAAAUCACUCCAACAAUGCAAUAGUAAAACCCCCUGAGAUGACACCUCAGGCUGCAGCUAAAGAAUUAGAAGAAGUAAUGAAGCGAGUACGAGAAGCUCAGUCAUUUAUCUCAGCAGCCAUUGAACCAGAGUCUGGAAAGAGCAAUGAAAGAAAAGGCGGUCGAUCUCGUUCCCACACUCGCUCAAAGUCCAGGUCUAGCUCAAAGUCCCAUUCUAGAAGGAAGAGAUCACAGUCAAAACACAGGAGUAGAUCCCAUAACAGAUCACGUUCGAGACAGAAGGACAGACGUAGAUCCAAGAGCCCACAUAAAAAACGCUCCAAAUCGAGGGAGAGACGGAAAUCAAGGAGUCGUUCACGUUCACGGGACAAGAGAAAAGAUAUUCGGGAAAAGAUGAAGGAAAAGGAAAGAGUAAAAGAGAAAGAUAGAGAAAAGGAAAGGGAAAAAGAGAGAGAGAGGGAAAAGGAACGGGAGAAAGAAAAGGAACGGGGCAAAAACAAAGACCGGGACAAAGAACGAGAAAAAGACCGGGACAAGGACAAGGACAAGGACAGAGAGAGAGAGCGGGAAAAAGAGCAUGAAAAGGAGCGAGACAAAGAGAAGGAAAAGGAACAGGACAAAGAAAAGGAACGAGAAAAGGACAGAUCCAAAGAGAUAGACGAAAAAAGGAAGAAGGAUAAAAAGUCCAGAACACCCCCCAGGAGUUACAAUGCAUCGAGAAGAUCGCGUAGUUCCAGCAGGGAUAGGCGCAGGAGGAGAAGCAGGAGUUCUUCCAGGUCACCAAGAGCAUCAAAAACCAUAAAAAGGAAAUCUUCCAGGUCUCCAUCCCCUAGGAGCAGAAAUAAGAAGGAUAAAAAAAGAGAGAAAGAAAGGGACCACAUCAGUGAAAGAAGAGAAAGAGAGCGUUCAACUUCCACAAGAAAGAGUUCUAAUGAUAGAGAUGGGAAGGAGAAACUGGAGAAGAACACUGCUUCAGUUAAAGAGAAGGAGCACAAUAAAGAGCCAGAUUCGAGUGUGGGCAAAGAAGUAGAUGAUAAAGAUACACCAAGGACUGAAGAAAAUAAAGUGCAGCAAAAUGGAAAUUGUCAGCCAAAUGAAGAAAACCUCUCUACCAAAACUGAAGCAGUAUAGGACCAACGAAUGCACCUCUACACUCAACGCUGGAAUAAAAUCCAAAGCUUUUAAUUCUCUCAACAAGAUGUAAAACAGGGAAGAGAUCUAGUUGGGCAUAAAGACAGGCGCACCAGUUGUCAGGUGAUGUUGUGGACAUCUUGUUACUGAGUAAGGAGAUAAAGCAUGGACAUUGUGAAAAUACCACAGGUUACCUAGACUCUUCAUCUUCUAAAAUCUGCAUUUCCAUGGUGGCUGACACACUUGUCAUGUGGUUUGUGAGUGUUUGCCAGGAACCAUUGCAAAUAAAUUGAACAUCAGUCAUCCAAAUUUGUACAAGCCCUAGAGACUGGAGAUAAGCAUUGGUGGCUCUUUAAAAAAUGCUAGUUACUGAAUUUUGUAUUAUUUCACUUUUUUAAGAGAAAAAUUUCAUUAUAUACAAUUUGAUGAUGUGCUUGAAAUUGGUGCAGAUAUAUACACACCAUUGUAAGUGCAAAGUAUGUAAGAAGUUUUAACAUUUCACGGGAUUUACAGUGAUUGUGUUAAAUUCUCACUAUUGUGUUUUCUUUUUGCUCACUGUUUAGGACAGCAGUUUUUCUUUAAAAUAGUUUUACAGAUUAAAAUUGCUUAAAUAAGUGGAUUACAAAACAACUGACAAUGCAUGCUACUGUUCUCUUUCAAAAGGAAGAGCAACUGUGUUGAAUACUAAUAGUAAUGUAUUAGUAUUCAGUGUUUAGAAUCAUUGGGUCUACCCACAAAGUAAGCAUUUUUUUAAACUUUCUUGACAUUUCCAACCUUACUAUGAAUAUUGCAGUGUGUUUUGUCAGCUGUAGGUGGCAAAGACGCCCUUAUAAAAAAGAAACUGGGUUCAAAAUGGGCAACGGGAGCACAAGCUGAAGCUGUAGUGCCUUCUACAAUGUGGUAACUUUUCUAGAAUUUUAUAUGUGCUAGUCACUCUCCAUUCAUAUGGAAUCUAGGUGGAUGUUCAAACCCAUAGAGAAGUGUGUAAGCGGUAUGUCAGAAGAGCUUCUUACUUAGUUCAAGUAUGAAAAGGAAGUCCUGUUUUCAAGACUGACUUCAGAGUUUAAAACAAUGCAGUGUUGGGACCAUCAAUUUUAUACUGUGACAAUUGAAAAUAAACAUGUUCUUUUCUCUUCAAAUCAAAGGAAACCUUUUAGUUGACUCCAUUGGAUGGCCUUAAUUAUUACCUCUCAAUCAACUCCUAAGCAUUGUAUAGAAAUCAUACUUUAAGGGAGGAUUAAGAGCAUACGGGAGGUUAUUUAUGUUUCAAGGAUACGUUUACUUGAGUUUCAGAUACAGGUCAUCUGUCAUCAAGCUUAUGUUUUGCUGAAAGUAUGCAAGGAGUAAAACGACAACAUUGCUAAUGUUUUCCCCAAAAUUAUUUGUAAUUUCUGUGCUUUUUCAUUAUUACUAUCAAAAAGUAAUGCUUUUAAUUAGCAUAUUAUUAAAAAUCAAGUAUAAUUGUUUUAAUGCAAUCUAAUACAAUCAAAUUGCCUUACCUCAUGGGAAGAGCUACUUUUGUAGAUUAUAAAAACUGAGUAGCACAUUAGUUACUUGGUUUCAACUUGAGUUUUCUCUUAAUGUUAAUAUAGUUGAAACUUAAGUAUUUGGUGGAGAAUGGGAAAAGUUGCCCCUUUUGCAAGUAAUGAAGCCUGGUUUGAUAAUGAAGCUGCUUAAUCAUCUUCAUGUGUUCAGAAUUCCUGUGUGUUUGGUUUUUUCCCUUUUUGUCACUGUGUACAUUAAAAGUUUCUAAAAUGCUUUACUAUGUAAAGUAUAGAUGGUCAUUUUAAUCAUUCAACCUCGUAUGGUUGGCUGGUGAACAGCUUAUUCUGAUACAGUAAUGCUUGGGUGCGCACAGAAAGAUUGUGAAGUGUGUGUCUUGCAUCAACAGCUGUCUUAUUUAUGAUAUGUAAGUAGAAUAGAGCAAAUGUUUGAAUCUUUGUUAUUUUUAGUACCAUUUCUCUAAUAAAGCUAAGUAUUUUAGAGGAAA